AAUGGGCCGUUUCAUCUCUGUCGCCGUGCUACUCGCCUCUCUCGCCUUCCAGGCUCUUUCCAAGGAAAUCAGGAACCCCGCACGAAAGGCAGCGUACACUAGCGGCGCUGUUCACAAUGGGAUCAUGGACCGAAAACACAAGUUCUGGGACGAACAGGCAGCGCAGGGAGCCUUUGACUCUGCUCGAUUCAGCGCCAUAACGGAGUUUACACCCUGCGUGAACGGCAUCGCUGCGCAGUACCGUUGCAACAAUGUCGACCUCUAUAGCUUCUACAGCCACGCAGAGCUAGGUAGCACUGUCGGACAAGGGAGCAGCUCCUGGGGAUGGGUUUACGAGGGCCGUGAAUUCGUCAUCAUCGCGCAGGCAGAUGGCGCCGCCAUCGCCGAGGUCACCAAGGACGGUAAGCUCGACUACCUUGGUCGCCUUCCCAAAACGCCCGGAACAGCAAACGCCAUUUGGAGAGAGUUGCGCGUGCUCGACAACUAUCUCGUGGUUGGUUCCGAGGCAGUGAACCACCAUGUCCAAAUCUUCGAUUUGCGCAAGGUCCUUGCCAUCACCCCCGCGCAGAAACCCAAGACCUUCAAUCCUGCCACCGAGCUCACGGCGCUGUGGAGGGGCCUUCCAGUCGGUCGCACUCAUAACAUCGUCAUCAACUGGGACCUCGGCUACAUCGUCUCCGUCGGCAGCCAACCAAGGACCAGCCAGUUUAGGAGCGGUCUCGUUUUCAUCGACAUUAAGAACGUUACAAACCCCACGCUGGCUGGAUACCAGGCUAGCGCUGGCUAUGUUCACGGCGCCCAAUGCCUUCUAUACAAGGGACCAGACGUAAGAUACCUCGGAAACGACAUCUGCUAUGGCUACAACGAAGACAGGCUCGUAAUCUAUGACGUCACCGACAAGGCGAAUGCUAAAGUCAUUUCGGAGACGAGCUACGAAGGAGCCGCCUAUACUCACCAAGGCUGGCUGCUCGACCCUAACGACCAGCGCUUCCUCAUUCUCGAUGACGAGUACGACGAAGUCGACGCCGUUGGCCCAGCCGCAGACGGCCAUGCGGUGACCUAUAUCUGGGAUGUCUCCGACCUCCAAAACCCCAAGCAGACCGGAUACUACAAGUCCAAGGACAUCACGAUCGACCACAACCAGUUCGUUGCGAACGGCAAGGCUUACCAGUCGAACUACGGAAACGGAUUGCGCAUCCUCGAUCUGUCGUCGAUUCCUUCCGACCCGACAGGAAGUGGAGUGAAGGAGAUUGGAUUCUUCGAUAUCUACCCCGAAGAUGAUAACCGACCUUCGAAUGGCUCGCUCCAGUUCGUCGGGACCUGGUCAAGCUACCCUUACUUGCCCAGCGGCUAUAUCCUUAUCAACACCAUUGAGCGCGGCGCGUUCAUCGUCAAGCUCAAGGAGGGUGCUACUGCUUA